AUGAACAUGCGAUAUGAUGCAAGAGUAAAUAGGCCGGUAAUAAUUAAUCCCAAAUCCAUUAAUUUGGUUAGUAAAGUUGAAUCACCUCUUUAUGACGAAAGUAUUGGAACUCCCGGAGACAGUGUUCGUCGUAAAGGUAUUUCGCUUAAAGAGAUGUUUGAUAUCAGCUAUGCUGUACAUCCACCGAGAUCAAAUGAAAAAAUUAUGUCCGCCGCAAAUGAACCCAUAAAAACGAAAACAGGUGGCAUAAGGCAACUUACUCAAUUGAUUUCUUCCAAUAAACAACAACAUAAAGAAGGAGUACAUAGACGUAAGGAUUUUGAUUUGAAUUUAGAAGCUGCAACAUUAUUAAGAAGGCGUAAGGCUCUAGUCGAACCCAAAAGCAUCUGA